AUGUUCAUUCUUUUCUUUCUUACACUUGAAUUCUUUCUUUCUUUCUAUCUAUCUCUGCCUAUUCAUAUCUAUCUAUCUAUCAUUGCCUGUUCAUAUCUAUCUAUCUAUCUUUGGCUGUUCAUAUCUAUCUAUCUAUCUAUCUAUCUAUCUAUCUAUCUAUCUAUCUAUCUAUCUAUCUUUGCCUGUUCAUUUUGUAUCUAUCUAUCUAUCUUUGUAUCUUUGCCUGUUUAUAUCUAUCUAUCAUUGCAUGUUCAUAUCUAUCUAUCUAUCUAUCUAUCUAUCUAUCUAUCUAUCUAUCUAUGCCUUUUCAUUUUCUAUCUAUCUAUCUAUCUAUCUAUCUAUCUAUCUCUCAUUGCCUGUUCAUAUCUAUCUAUCUAUCUAUCUAUCUAUCUAUCUUUGCCUGUUCAUUUUCUAUCUAUCUAUCUAUCUAUCUAUCUAUCUAUCUAUUCAUGCCUUUUCACACCUAUCUAUUUAUUUUUUCUCUUUUUUGAUCCUCUUUUUCUCAUAACUUUUUUUUUCUCUCGUUGCUCAUUUUUCUCUUUCAUUUCCUUUUUUUCUAUUCUUUCUUCCUUUUUUUCUCUCUUUCUUUUUUUCGUUUUUUGCCUCUUCUUUUUAUUUUUAUUCCUCUACUUUUCUUCUACAUUUUCCUCUUCUUUUUACUUUCUUAUCAGAUUUUCCUCCGCCCUUUUUUUUUUUUUUUGGUUGUUAAUGUCGUUCAUCCGCACAUUAACUUAUCUUUCUUUCCUCUUUAUCUAUUCGUCUUCGCUCCUUCCUUUUUUCAUCUUUUUUCAAACAAAAAACGUAGGUUUCCGUUCUUAG